CCAUAAUCCCCGGACUCUCCCAGAUUCUCUCCGCAUAUUGCCGCCAGCCCAUGCCCACAACGUCCAAGCUACGGAAUAGUGGUUUUAUAAUGUCAAUUUAAUCUUUAAUUUUCUUGGCUGACUUGAAACAAUGCCAUUCCUAGAUGUAGAUAUAAAGCCUUAUUAGGCCACUCUUCUGCCUUAGUUAGAUCCGACUUGCUGGAUCCUCCUCUACUAGGCUUGUGUCAGGUUCCGUGCUUCAAACGCGGGAAAGGGUGAUAGUCGAACUUCGUUAAAUUGCCCUACCUAAUACCAUGACAAUUCUGAUUGGCAAGCCCUUGCAAUGGGCUAUUACGUCCACGGCUGGUGCAGGAUUCCUGCUGUUCGGUUAUGAUCAGGGUGUUAUGUCCGGUCUGUUGACUGGCGCCGCGUUCACCAAGCAAUUUCCUGAAAUCGACACCACCGAGAGCGGCAAUGGGAGUUCGAGUCUGCAGGGAACAGUUGUUGCUAUAUAUGAAAUUGGGUGUUUCUUCGGUGCAAUCUUCUGCUUUAUAUUUGGCGAGAAAAUUGGUCGUCGUUGGUCUAUAAUGAUUGGCUGCCUUAUCCUAGCCAUCGGUGGUGCCUUGCAAGCCUCCGCUUACAGCAUUCCUCACUUGAUCGUUGGAAGGAUUGUAGCUGGCCUGGGAAAUGGCAUGAACACUAGUACGAUUCCUGUGUGGCACUCCGAACUUAUGAAAGCAGAUGCACGGGGAAAAGGGCUGUGUGUCGAGCUUGCCAUCAACAUUUUCGGUGUCAUGACAGCGUACUGGGUCGAUUAUGGUCUAUCCUUUGUAACCAAUGAAGCACAGUUCCGGUUUCCCCUGGCUUUGCAAAUUCUGUUUGCGCUUGUCGCUUGUGUUGGUGUAUUGAUUCUCCCAGAAUCGCCUCGAUGGCUCCUGGCUCAUGACAGAACCGACGAGGCAAGACAAAUCAUCUGGGCGGUUCAGGCUAAUGCCAAAACACUCGAUAUCAAUGAUGCAACUAUAGAUAAAGAAAUCGACGAAAUCCAGUAUGCCAUCACGAAAGAGAGAGAAGCUGCCACUCAUGGUGGCUUCAAGACGAUCUUCACAAACGGGCCUCAACGCUUCUUUCACCGAACCCUACUUGGAAUCGGCGGUCAGUUCAUGCAGCAACUGUCCGGUAUUAAUCUCAUCACCUACUACGCCCCCGUUAUCUUCCAGCAAUCUGUCGGACUGUCACAUGAUUUGUCGCUCCUGCUAGCCGGUUUUAACGGCGUCGCGUACUUCUUCUCGUCUCUCGUACCCAUCUGGAUCAUUGAUCGACUCGGUCGCCGUAAGCUCAUGCUUUUUGCGGCUGCGGGCCAAGCCGCCUGCAUGGCGAUCUUGGCCGGCACAGUAUCGAACGGGUCUAAGCCUGCGGGUAUCGUUGCAAUUGUAGUGCUCUUUUUGUUCAACUUUUUCUUCGCUGUCGGUCUACUUGCAAUUCCAUGGCUACUACCCGCUGAAUAUGCUCCUCUGGCCAUUCGGACGCAGUCCGCUGCGCUUGCCACAGCUUCAAAUUGGAUCUUUACCUUCCUCGUCGUCGAGAUAACUCCUGUUAGUAUCACCAACAUUCAGUGGCGCACGUACAUUUAUUUUGCCGUUUUCAACGCGUUCUUCUUACCGCUCAUAUACUUUUUUUACCCCGAAACCCAAAAUCUUUCCCUCGAGAAGAUUGAUAAGUUAUUCGAGGGCGAUAAGGUCAAGCUUCACUGGACUCCGGAUCUCGGCGAACCAGAUAACUUGGCACAGACCACGAGUAUUUCUAAGGAGGUGUCGCAGAGCGGCAGAACAAGGACGGAAUAUGUCGAAAAGCAAGAUGUAUAGGAAUAUAUUUUAGGCCUAUUACGACGUGGAAUUGUUCCCGGUAUUAUAUUCGCAGCACUCCUUGCAUAUAGAUACACCUAGUCUAAAAUGAGAGAAGUAUUAAGCUAACAGUGAAGACCACUAAAAAGAGUGUGUGUAAUUAUCACCUUCAAGAUCAUGACAU